AUGGCCGCCCUCACGCACUUCCUCGACGAAGUCGGCCUCGUCACGAUGUACCACGCCUCGCGCGACGUCAAGUUCCUCUGCGCCCAGCGCUUCGUCCGCCUCUUCGCGUACGGCGGGUCAACGCUCAUCCUAGCAUCCUACCUAUCGGCGAUUGGGAUCACAGACGACCGGAUCGGGCUCUUCAUGACACUGACACUGGUGGGCGAUGUGGUGAUCAGUUUCUUCCUGACGCUGUUCGCGGAUGCGAUGGGGCGCAAGGCAGUGCUUGCGUUGGGGUCGGCGCUGAUGGUGGGUAGUGGGCUUGUUUUUGCGGUGGCUGGGAAUUACUGGGUUCUUUUGGCGGCGGCGGUGUUUGGCGUGAUUAGUCCGAGUGGAAACGAAAUCGGGCCCUUCCGCGCCGUGGAGGAGUCGACGCUCGCGCAUCUCACGCCUCACGAGAAACUGCCCGAUGUGUUCGCGUGGUACUCGCUGCUCGGCACCGCUGGCACCGCGCUGGGCCAGUUGAUCUGCGGAUGGGUGAUUAGCUCGCUGCAGGCGCUGCACGGCUGGGCGUUUAUCCCCUCGUGCCGACUGAUUUUCUUCGUGUAUGCGGGCGUCGGCUUGAUCAAGCUCAUCCUCGCACUGGCGCUGACGCGCAAGGUCGAGGCCACGAAGGAGGAAGUGCCGCAGGCGCAGCGGAGUGGCGAGACACAACCCUUGCUGGCCGACGCGGCGUCUGCAGCGCAGGAGGAAGCCCCGGAGACGAAGAAGAAGCACUGGUUCGUGUCGAUUGAGAAGGACCUGUGGUCGCUGGUGAUCCGGCUGUUCAUCUUGUUCGGCCUGGACUCGUUUGCGUCUGGAUUGGCGUCUCUCUCAUGGAUGACAUACUUCUUCCAUCGCAAAUUCAGCCUCCCCGAAGGCGAGCUCGGUACUAUCUUCUUUGUGACCAGCUCCAUCGCGGCAGCUUCCAUGCUGGUCGCAUCCUCGAUCGCCAAGCGCAUCGGCAAUGUCAAGACAAUGGUCUUCACGCACCUCCCCUCGGCAAUCUGCCUGUCUCUCAUCUCAGUACCGAACAAUCUCCCGCUCGCACUCACGUUCCUCGUGCUACGCGCCUGCUCGCAGAACAUGGACGUCGCCCCGCGCUCGGCUUUCCUGGCCGCGGCCCUGCCGUCCGACAAGCGCACCGCCAUCAUGGGCGCUGUCAAUGUAGUUAAGACGACCAGCCAGAGCAUGGGCCCGCUGCUCACGGGUAUUCUGGCGCGCAAUAACAUGUUUGGCGUGUCGUUUAUUAUCGCAGGUAUUCUCAAGGUGGUGUAUGACCUGGGUAUGCUCGUGAGUUUUGCGGGGAAGGAGGCGGAGAAGAGGAAGCAGGCUGCGAGGGAGACGACCGAUGAGGAGGAGGAGGGUCGGUAA